UAAUUUACGUCAGUCUUCGGCGUCACUCUGCGCGUUUCCCUCUACCGGGGGCGUAGGUUGGACCGGCUCUUUCAGACACAAUGAACCAGGAGAUCUACGUAAAGCACGCUAUCUGGGGUCGGGAGUGUGCUUGUGCUGAGGGGGCGUAGAAUUCAUUAUUUUUUGUUUCGUUCUUCUUUAUGAACUGAACAUAUUCUUUAGAUUGUUACCGUUUUUUAAUAUAGUUGUGCAAUCAGACUGAUCUCGAAAUUCGCGGAUUCGACCAGAAGAACUCUGGAGGAUCCCCUAAGCGAUAGUGAAUUGCUAUAUUAGAAGGAAUACCAUGUCGUUUGCCUGUUCUGACUAUUUCGCCGCUGAGUGCCUGGUGUCUAUAUCUAGCAGACCUGUACUACACCGACCUACCCCGGUAGCCCCGAUCGCUCUAGAUCCUCCUCGAGGCCUUCCUAUUGUGGAACAAGAGGGGUCGAACGAGGACAGGGAAGUGCGCGACACGCUGAAUCUAGAAGGAGCGAACAUGAUGACGGUCGCUGGGAUUCUCACUAAUCUUAACGGCAAGUUCCGCCCCAUGUCGGCCUACUCCGAGAGCAGCAAUUCCUCUUGUGGAGAAAGCGGAUACACCACGUUGUCCGAUUCUACCACUCCGACCCCCACCAUGACUCCCUCAGCCACCCCAACUCCUGGACAGCACAAUCCACCGCAGCAGCUCUGGGUAGGAGUAGGUCCGCCUCGGUCUCCCGUGAAGCGACACCCGUGUACCUUCGAUGGCUGUGACAGGGUUUACGGAAAAUCUUCCCAUCUGAAAGCGCAUAUCAGGACCCACACAGGCGAAAGGCCCUUCCCUUGCACCUGGCCAGGCUGCGAGAAGAAGUUUGCCCGCUCCGACGAGCUGGCGCGCCACACCCGUACCCACACGGGCGAGAAGCGCUUCCUGUGCCCGCUGUGCGACAAGCGCUUCAUGCGCAGCGACCAUCUCAUCAAACACGCCCGCCGCCACCCCAACUACCACCCGUCCAUGCUCGGCCGCUAAGCCACCGGCCAGGGGCCGCCAUGCACCUCCCAGAGGCUGUGGCCCUGUCCCAGGCACAGUCUUACCCACCCCUCAGCAACCUCACACACCCACAGGACUUUAGCUGGGUCACAUACACUUUGUUUCUCUCUCUCUCUCUCUCUCUCUCUGAUAUACAUUUUUUAACUUUGCAGCUCUCACAAUCUCACGGCAGCUGAACUCUUCUCAAUCUGCACAAAUGACGGAAACGCAGUUUCUCACAAGAACUACCCUCUCUCACUAGAACUAUGUUCUCUGUCCUGUCUGUCCAUUAGAAGCUGGUGCCCUGUCGGUUCUUCUUGCAAGGGCAUGCUCUGCAUCGGCCGCCCCUGCAUUAAAGCAUUUCGGGGCACGAAGGGUAGAUUUUCAGACGUCUGUCAUUCCACAAGUUUCCAGUGGCAGGCUGGACACACCACCAGCUGCAUGUGAUGCAGUUUCCUUCUUUGUAAUCUUUUUGCUUUUUUUGUUUGUUUUUUUGCAUAGUUGUAUUAUUAUUGCAUUUUUGGCUUCUUUAUUGCUGUUUGGAUGAUGGCUAACACCCUUUCCCGUUCCCUGAAAAGCUGAGGUGGAUCCUGUGGUUCUGGGAAGGGAGUUUUCCUGUCACCCCUUAGUGUACAGCAGCUGGCAAACAGCGUCCAUGGAACUUUGCCACAUGGAACGUGCAACAUUAUAUCUAUUUCUGCAGCAAAUUUUGAAUGCUUAAAAGCUUCUGCAGGGGAAGCAAUGUAAUGAAUGCUAUUAGAAGUAAUUCUUGUGAAUUAUAGUCCUUAUAUUAGGGGUGACCGUAUACGCUUGGCUAGGCUAGAGCUGCUUUUGUGUGUGUGUGUUUGUGUGUGUGUGUGUAUGUGUGGCAGUUGGUUGGGGGUCAUGUGCUCCUUUGUGUAUGUGUGGGAAAGAUUUUGGUAAAUGAUCACUAUGUCCAUUGUCUGUCCUUCUUCAGGGCAGAUGCCUUUCUCUCAGCGAACAUGUCAGGAACUUCAGAAAGCCUUAAGAUAUUUCAUACAUAUUUGCACAUAGUUUACAGUUGAAACAUUUUUUUACAGGUAAAUGCAAUAUAGCACUUUUCUUCCAGGUUUUUUUUUUUUUUUAAUUCAGCAAGGCUGCUAGUGGAAUAGCCUACACUGUUGAAACGUUGUUUGCAAGUUAACACUGUGGAAUUUAACCGGAUAUGUAAAAAAAAAAAAACUGCCCUGUAGUCUAGGCAUGCCAUGUUUGUUCAAGGGCUCCAGGAGAUGUCGUAAAGGACAGAAUGAUGUGGACUGACUGUUUCUUACUGGCUUCGGGUAACUGCAGUUUAGCAUACUUCCGGUUUAUGCUGUAUACGUGGGCAUUCGCAUUGUAAAAAGUGAACAUAUCCAAAGGAGCCUCAGUCGAGACACCUCGGAGUCGGAGGGUUUGCAGGUUUGUCCACCUUCAAUUAGCAACCAGUUUACACCCAAGAAACCAGGUGUACUAGUCUCCUGUAAUUGGUUAUUGCUGAGUAACGACAAAACCAACAGACCCCGUGGCUCUCAAGGACCAGGGUUAUGGGCCCUGGAUCAAGAGAGUACCUUCUGUUCUUAGUGCCUCUCUUUUCACACCUCACAUAUCUUCAUUGUUCAAUAUACCAUAUCAACAAUAGUUAUUUUACUACACAUUUCAUAUGACUUUACAUUGUAUUUGUACUCUGUUAGCAUAUGAAUAAAUUCAAGGGUGGGUAAAAAUGUUACAUUUCAUUAGCUGAAGAUUCACAAGGCAUUUGCAGUCUUGGACAAUACCGAAACAUCUGCUUAGGGGAUACCUGCUGGCAAGUAUCUUGAAAAUUGAAAUUUGCUACUCCGAACUGAAACCAAAUGUGUGAGAAAGGAAUGGAUGCAAUUCUGACAUUAAAAUAAUAAAUGAUGACGGCAUUCAUGUCAUCUGAAGUGUUCAAGCAAGAAGGAAGCUUGUCUUUUUCCAUUUUAGUUUUUGAACUUCUGUUGGAAUAGGUUGGAAAGCGUUUGCCCUGUUUUGAGUUCACUUUGCACAUUGAACAGUGCUGGACACUGUAGUAUCGAUCCCUGAAGUCAAGCUGAAAUUUGACAUUCUUUGAAUUAACUAGGGCAGUGUCUUUCAGAAAGCCAACGGGGUAUACCUGCGUAAUCGCAUUGAUUUCGCGUUUUUCCAUCCUACACUUCAUGUGUCCACGUGAACAUUUUGUUGCUAUCUUCCAUUUGUUUCCUCACGGCAUUUGCAUUUGCGAAUUGUAAAGCUUAAGUUGAACGUUAGUGUAGCUGGAUUUAAAGCGGCAAUGUAAUUAAAGUUCUGACCAAUAAAAGGUGAUUGAUUGCGUAAUGGUAUGGUUGGUCGCACUGAUCAGUUUAAGAACCUGACCUGUGUUUAGAAUAUUUGCUAAGAUGUCUUAUUUUAGGCCCUAAGUUUAGACACUGUAUAUGUAUAUUACUGUGCACACAGUUACAUUCACAGAAAUUAAGACAUCUUUAAGAUUGUGGCCUGUUUUCAAUAGUGUUUUUUAACACUAAAAAUGCGUGUGAUUUUUGUAGUGCAGUCUUAUUUUAAGGAAAAUCCUGGUGGUUCUUUUAGACCCUAUAACAGGAUGUUGAACUUGUCUUAUUUUAGUCUUUAUUGUUUGGGGAGGGGUUAAUGGCUUUGAUUUAAUAUUGAGACAUACUUUUUGAAACAUCCUCUCAGGUGUCUUAAUUUAUGAGCUAACGCUUUUGUGUACAACCUUUACAUAAGCAUGUUUAUCUUUUGUUUUUGUUUCUUUGUAUUCAGGUGAUUAAUUUAUUUCAAUAUUUGUGUGGUUGAAAUUUCAUUUUUAUAGCUUAUUUUGUGGUCUGAUACAACAACAAUAAUAACUGGUUUCAUUGUUUGCUAAGAAAACUGCCAUUGCUUUUUAAAUACAAAAUAAAACCAUUGAACAAUUAUA